UUAUGUAGAGAUUGAUGUAUGCACUACUAUAUAAUUCAAGAGCUUGAAACAACUUAAACACUUAAUUGCUUGUCAUUAACCGAAAGGAAACUCAUUUUCAUGUAUUUUGCUUUUCCUCUCGCUCAAUUUCCUUUCAGCGGGUGGCAACAAGUGCAGCCUGCCGCCUGCACCGGGCAGGCAAUUUCAUCGCGCAGCUGGCGGCUGUGAGUUUUCGUUUUGGUGUUGGCUUUCCUCUUUGCCAUGGUAAGCCACAAUGCGAAAAUUGUGAAAACGGAAAAUGGCACGAACGCAUCCAUUAUUGUAACAGCCGGCAGAAAUGCAACGCAACCAAUGAAGACAACGACGACGACGACGACGACGACGACGACGGCGAUGAUGGCAACAACAUUGUCGGCUUCCCUGGCCGACUUGAGCGAUCAGGAAAAUGGGACGACGGCUGAGGAUAUACACCUGAACGAUUUAUAUACACGCUACCGGCAGAGGCUGCGCAAGUCGCUGUUCAGAUCGGGUCUGGUCACAUCGCUGGUGGCCUGCGUCGUGUCCAUAAUAAUUGGCAUCGUUUACGAGCAGCACCUGUUGCAGACCCUGCUGCUGGUAUUGGCCGCCCUAAUCUCUGGCUCGAUACUGACAGCGCUGCAGUUUCCGGCGGUGCUCAGCUCGCCAGCGGCAGCCUUGGCCUUUGCCAUUGUCACCACCUUCUCGCUGGGCACCAUUGCGGCCAUCACUGGCGGCGAGCUGGCUCCGCUGCCCAUGUAUGCACUGUUUCUGGGCAUCCACACGAUGCUGCCCAUUUCCUGGCCGGUCUCCGUGGUGCUGGCGUUAUUUAUGACGGCCGUACACAUCGUUUACAGAAUCGGCACCAGCCCGGACUAUGCGCCCAAUUUACCUAUGCUGUUUGGGGAGAUUGUGAUGUUGGCCAGCGCAUCCGUUUCCGGUCUGUACUAUCGCAUCAUGUCGGAUGCCGCACACAAUCGCACCGUGGAUGGCACACGCACUGGAAUCGAGCAGCGCGUAAAACUUGAGUGCGAACGGGAGCAACAGGAGCAGCUGCUUCUAAGCGUCAUACCCGCAUACAUAGCCGCAGAGGUCAAGCGAAGCAUUAUGCUGAAGAUGGCGGAUGCGUGCCAGCGUGCCGGCGGCCAGGCCUCCACCUCGGCGACGCGCUUUCACGAGCUGCACGUGCAGCGGCACACAAAUGUCACAAUACUUUUUGCAGACAUUGUUAACUUUACGCCGCUGUCAUCAUCCUUAACGGCCAGUGAUUUGGUCAAGACACUCAACGAUCUCUUCGGUCGCUUCGAUCAAAUAGCCCAGGAGAACCAAUGCCUGCGCAUUAAAAUUCUGGGUGACUGCUAUUAUUGCGUGUCCGGGCUGCCCAUCUCAAGGCCGCAGCAUGCCACCAAUUGCGUCAACAUGGGCCUACAAAUGAUCGAUGCCAUCAGACACGUGCGUGAGGCGACCGGCAUAAAUGUUGACAUGCGAAUUGGCAUACACACGGGCAACGUGCUCUGCGGCGUCCUUGGCCUACGCAAGUGGCAAUUUGAUGUUUGGAGCGAUGAUGUUACCCUCGCCAAUCACAUGGAGAGCGGCGGCGUUGCGGGACGCGUGCACAUCACAAAGCAAACUCUGGACUUUCUGGGCGACAAGUUUGAGGUGGAGCAGGGCGAGGGCGGUGCCCGCGAUGCAUAUCUGGCGGACCAUAAAAUCGAAAGCUAUCUCAUUGUUCCGCCCAAGCCCGCCUACAUGCACAGCGUGCCGCGGGUCGUGGAGUGCAUGGAGCACACGGAGCCUGCAGAUGAGCUUGCCGUGCCCGCCAAGGAAGACAACGAUGUAACUGAAAAGCUGCUGCCAGCUGAGAUGCGUGCCGCAAAUGCUGCCGCAGGAGAUGCGGCCGAGAAGCUCUCGCCCACAUCUAUCAAUAGUCAGGAUGGUGUGCUGCAUGCGCCACUAACCUCCGCCGCCUCCAUGUCCAUCAAGGAGCUGUCCGAAGAGGAGGACGAUGUCGCCGCCACUGAGCCUCUGGUUGGCAAGCAGCUGGAGCCUGAUGUCAGCAAUGAGGCGCAACCAAAUGUAGCGCAUCGCGGCAGCGGCGACUCGAACGCUUCCGAGUCAGCGCCCAAGUCGACUGCAUUGUCCUUGCCCGCCGAUGAUCUGCUCAGCAUGAGCGGCAGUGAGAGUGGCAUCUCCAACAGCGGCACCCAACCAGCAUCAGCAUCAGCAUCCGCAUCGGCAUCCAAUGCAGCCAAUGCCACGCCCACAUCAACAGCAGCAACAGGCACCGCCGCCGGCGCCAACAGUUUGACCGUGGCCGAGGCACCUGAGCGCUCCCGGCGCAAGCUAUCCGUUCAGGGUCUGAUGUCCUUCGCCGACAGACGUCGCUCCUCCGGCGCCUUUAUUGAGGGACGCAAAUUGUCGAUACACAGCGGCGAAAGUUUUCGCAGUCAUGCGGGUCAUGUGACACGAAAUCGUCCCUCCUCAAAGAUGACCAAAUAUGUGGAAUGCUGGGGCGCCGAUCGACCCUUUGCCAAUAUUGCCGAAUCCAAGCUGGUGAAAAACAUUGGACUAGCGAGCAUUGCCAUGAUUGAAUCAAAUUUGCUGCCGCCAGAGCGUAAAUGUUUCAAUUUUAACUUCUUGGGACCGCCCACAGAGCUAAAGCCGUUCACCAUGUGGUACCGGAAUACGCCUCGGGAGGCCAUGUACCGAGAACAGCCGGACACGCACUUCCGCUUCGACCUGAUAUGCGCAUUUGUGCUCUUCCUCUCGCUGGCCGUGGUGCAGCUGAUUGUAAUCGAAUUAAACCUGGCGCUGCUCGGCUCGCUGCUGGCCAGUUUUAUAUCCCUGGCGCUGUUCCUCUAUCUGAGCAACAUGUCCGUGCCGGAUGUGCAUGCCUCGAGCACGGAGCGUAAUGGGCCCGGCCAGGUGGUGGCCAGCAGUCGCUUCUUGCGCAUGGCCAUGUUCAUCAUUGUCAAUAUACUCAUCUCAUCCUGUGCCGUAUUCAGUGUGAUUAACUACACGCUGCCCGAUGAGUUGCCCUAUGCAGUCGGCAAUGCCACCAAUACCACCAGCGAUAGCUUCAAUAGCACGCUUCUGGAGGAACUGCAGCCACUGGAUAUUGCGCAUGCCAUACCCAAGGCUCCGAUAUUCCUUUGCUGCUGCGCCGUCAGCUUGGCGGCGAUUUCGGCCUUCCUGCGUUCUGGAUUUAUACUCAAGCUGAUUGCCAUGCUCUUGGCUCUGAUCGGACAGGUGAUUGUGCUCGGCUAUAGCGAUCUCUAUGUGCAGUAUAAUCUGCUCAACUAUGACAAUGGCUUACCGCUGGAGGUGAAGGGCUUUUUGCUGCUGUUGCUGGUGAUUGCCGUGUUGCAUACGCUGGACCGUCAGGGCGAAUAUGUGGCACGUACGGACUUUCUGUGGAAGGCCAAGCUUAAGGUCGAGCAGGAGGAGGUCGAGACCAUGCGCGGCAUCAACAAGAUUCUGCUGGAGAACAUUCUGCCGGCUCACGUGGCGACACACUUUUUGCAUCUGGAGCGUUCCACGGAGCUGUAUCACGAGAGCUACUCCUGUGUGGCCGUCAUGUUUGCCUCCAUACCCAACUACAAGGAGUUCUACGAUGAGACGGACGUCAAUAAGCAGGGCCUGGAGUGCCUGCGUCUCUUGAAUGAGAUCAUUUGCGAUUUCGAUAAGUUACUUUUGAAACCGAAAUUCAGUGGCAUCGAAAAGAUCAAAACCAUAGCCAGCACCUACAUGUGCGCAUCUGGCCUGCGACCCGGCAAGGAGGAUGGCGCCACGUCGCGUAGCUUUGCGGAUGAGAAACGCACCGAGGAGCACAAUGUGGUCAUAUUGGUUGAGUUUGCGAUUGCUUUGAUGUCCAUAUUGGAUUCGAUUAAUCGCGAAUCGUUCCAGCGCUUCCGGCUGCGCAUCGGUCUCAACCAUGGCCCGGUAAUUGCUGGCGUGAUUGGCGCCCAGAAGCCGCAAUAUGAUAUCUGGAGCAAUACCGUUAAUGUGGCAUCCCGCAUGGACUCAUGUGGCGUUAUGGGCAGACUUCAGACAACGGAAAACACAGCUAAGAUAUUAAUGGCCGCCGGAUACGAGUGUGAGUGCCGGGGCCUCACCUAUGUCAAGGGCAAAGGCAAUCUAGUCACAUACUUUGUAAAGACACCAUUCGAUGGGAAAUUGUAAUUGGAUGCGUCCAGUAAAAAGCGCAAUUUGUUGUUAAUAUUUGCUAUUUAUAGAAUGUAUAGUAACAUUUUGUUAUGUUAAGGCAUGUUAUUGUUAUUAUUUUAUUUAUUUCGGAUAAUCAUAUUUCGUUUAAGUCAUUUCAAGAAUUUUAAGCAUUUAAUUUGCGCUGCACACUAGCAACUAUCUAUUAAGUAUUUGUUUUAGUUAACUUUUAAUUGUUAUGUAGCACAAUUUGUUGGCAAUUUAAUGCGUAGCUCACUUAAACAGCGAAUAAUUAUAUAGAAUAUUGCGAGUACUAUGCUUUAGUAUAUAGUCAAAUCAAAUACAAAAAUUAACUAAAGUUAAAUAACAAAUGCAAAUUAGCCCACCCCAAAAAAAAAAA